CAAGUCUGUAUGCAAUCUGACUCCCAGCUUGCUAAAACUUUCACAGCAACUGACGAUUUAAUUUUUCAUGUUCAUUAGACUCGAUCUCCAUAUUAACAUCACAAAAUUCAUACCAGGAGAUACCAUCGAGCACUGAAUGUCAACGCUUUCUGCCAGAUGUAAGUCUCUCAGACUGAAUUUACAUCUAAGCAGAUUUAUCAAUUAUUCUAAAGAAGAAUGCCAAAAACAAACCAAAGAAACGAGAUCGCUCAUGGAGGGGAAGCCGCCCUCCACGAAAGCGAAACACAAACAAAAAACCUCCAGCCAAACACAAAUAGUGGUAAUUUCGAAGGAUUGAGAUCGUUCGCUCAGGAUACCACACUUCACGGAGCCAGAUUUUUGUUCUCUGAGGGCUUUUUUAGAAGACUGGUUUGGUUGGGCAUGAUAUUGGCAUGCUUUGGCUUCUGUAUUCAUCAAGCCUAUAUUUGCUUAAAGGAAUAUUCCCUUUAUCCUUUCAACACGAAAAUGACAACAAACUUUGGUGCAGAUAACAGUCAGCUUCCCUUCCCUGCUGUCACUUUGUGCAACCUCAAUCCUUUCAACAUUCGAAGAUUCAGACGAUAUUUAGGAGGAAAUCUUAGUGAAGUGAUGAUCGAAAGGCGAAUUCAAGAUAUAUCUCUCCUGACGACGAGAUCAGAAGCUAUUUCUAAGGAAUACUUUAAAGAACGCUACAACGCGCUUUCUUAUCGCCCAAAAAUGGCUAACGAAACCAACCCUCACGCAAUGAAAUUUAGUCAUCAAAUUGAAGACAUGCUUUUACCAAAUGGUCACCUGCUUCAUUCCUGUUCCAUAAAUGGAAAGAAAUGCGACGCAAACAAUUUUACCAGCUUCCUCAAUCCACUUUUCACAAAAUGCUACACAUUCAAUUCAGCAAAAAAUGGCAAGCCUGUGCUAAAUGCUUCGCUUGCCGGCCUACAAACUGGUUUGAAGCUACGACUUAACAUCGAACGCGAGAGCUAUAUACCAAACUUGAUUUGGCCUUCUGUUGGGAUUAUCAUUCUUAUUCACGACCAAAACAGCUUUCCCAUCGUGGAGGAGUUUGGAAUUGCUGUUCCACCAGGGAUGUCUACGACUUGUGCCAUACGAAGGAGAAACAUUACAAAUCUGCCACAUCCGUAUGGCACUAACUGUAGAAAAGGAACCCUUGAAGCGUUCAACGGCGCCUCGCAGAUUGCUUACAGAAAACAGGCCUGUCUUGUAAAAUGUCGCAAUAAGUUCACAAUCAAAUCUUGCAACUGCACAUCAACAAAAUUCAAAGCUGAUCCUGCAGUUCCCUUAUGUGCGCCGAUAGAAGAAGCUCUUUGUGUUUACAAAUCUCUUGAGGAGUUUGGCAACUCAGAUGAAAAGAAGAAGUGUGAGAAAGAAUGUCCCGAGCCUUGCAAUCACAUUGAGUACAAGACUUCAUUCUCGUACAGUGGAUUACAGAGGGGUGCUCUGAUUCAACAUCUAAUGUCCUUCCUUAAUGGGACUGAGAAAUCAUCACUCGAACGAUCGAUUUACGAACCUCUGCUGAAUAUGACGGAAGCCGAGAGGGAGAAAUACAUAGAUGACAACAUUAUUGCAUUGGACAUCUACUUUGAAGACCUAAGUGUCGACAUCAUUUCGCAGACUCCGCUUUAUGAGACCUGGGCUUUGAUUGGAGACUUAGGAGGGACAUUCGGUCUGUUCUUGGGAAUGAGUUGUCUCACUCUCUUUGAGUUUGUGGAUUUCACGUUCAGGAAGUUCGUUCAUUUGGCUAAAGGCGACCGGGGUAAAAGAGCUGUCAAUGUCGAGUACUAAAUUGAACUGUACAACUCUGUGGAUUAUAGCCAAGAGAUGUUGUUACCGCUCUUACACAAAUUAAAGUGUAAAAAUUACGCAACCCA